AUGCAGGAAAUGAGUGUCGCCGACUUCGCCUCGAAUUCCCAACACCCAUUCAGCCUACUCAAGAUCAUUGGUGGCUGGGGAAAUGUCAGCGGUCCCGGAUUAGUAAUGUUUCGCAGCCUCUUGGCGGGUACAUACACAGCCGUGGUCGUCGGCAUCAGCGCCACCCUCGUCGCCAGCGCUCUCUGGGGCACAGCUGCCCUUCCGUUCGUGCUCGGCUCAUCCCUCGGCUUCACCAUCGGCAGUCUGCGGUGGUACAUGUCCGCCGAAAGAGCUGCCUUGUUUGACCUGUAUAGGUACCCGUCAUUAUUGAGGCUUCAUCUUCUGGCCAAUUUCCCAUACCACGGCGAGUUGAGCCGCAACGGAGUCGAGUGGUACACGCCCAGCAGGUUCAAGUCCAGCUGGACGUUGAAGAGCAUGCUGGUUGCGGCCUGGCUGUCCGCACAGCCUGCGAUUGAGGACAUUCAGACGAGGACCGAGUCAGAGGUUGUGGCUGGCUAUACUGUUGAUGACUACAUGAUGGACGGGAAUCGAGAAAAGGAGGAGUAG